CCACAGGUACAACGACAUUGUCCCCUACGAUGCAAGUCGCGUUGUGCUGCACAAGUGCACACCGGACUACAUCAACGCAAGUCACAUUCAGCAGUUGAUGCCUGGAACACCAAACUUCAUCGCAACACAGGGGCCGACCAAAACAAGUACGCGCGUGUUUUGGGAAAUGGUGGCCGAGUACAACACGGGUGUCAUCGUAAUGGUCACAAACACCAUCGAGGGCUCCCGGAUCAAGUGCGAUCAGUACUGGCCAGACAUCAACGACACCGUCACGUUCGAGCCAGAGAAAGGGUACCCAAAUCGCAUCACCGUCGAACAUGUGGAUGAACAGGACGGAUUCACGUGGAGCGAACGCGUGUUUUCACUUCGCAUCAACGACAACGAACCUCGCAGGGUUGUUCAAUACCACUUCACAGACUGGCCCGACUACGGCACACCGGAGUCGCCGCACGGAUUUGUGCAAUUUGUGCGAACGGCCAUGGCGAUGCAGCAGCGCGUGACGCAAUCUGUCAAGGCCAAAGACCCUCCACUUGUUGUGCACUGCAGCGCGGGUGUUGGGCGAACGGGAACAUUCAUCGCCACAUAUGCGGUGCUGGCGUCACUCCACUACAUGCGACGCGACAAGAAAAUCUCCUGGAACCUCGAGGAUCUUGUGCGCCGGAUGCGAAAGCAACGUGUGGCAAUGGUGCAAAGUGCCGCGCAAUUUGAAUUCAUGUUCAAGGCGACACUCAUCGCUGCUGAUCAGUUCAUGCGCGCCAUUGACCUGACGCCGGAAAACAGCGGCGUUCUGUUGAAGAAGCAGUCAAAGGCAAAGCUGAUCAGGCAACCCUCGAGGAAAGUCGAUCCACCAUCACCCAAGUCCUCCCUUCGCGGCAAAUCCUCGUCAUCCAUGAUGAAGGUUCCUCUGCGAAAACAUUCGCGCAGGGCUCGCCCAGCCAACCGCCAGCCCACGGCGUGGGACCACUUGGUGCAGCUUCUAUCAGAGCCACCGUUGGCCAUUGCAUCCAUUCUCCACCAGUGCGCCACGCGAAAGGACAUUGAGGAAGCAACAGUGUCACUGUUCAAGGUGUUUGCUUCGCAGGGGCUGCUGCUGCCGUUUAUGUGCAAAUUGGCCGAGUGGGACAUCAACAUGUGCGAUGGAGAGCACCUCGUCUUCAGGAAAAACAGCCUGGCGACAAAGUUGUUGACGGCAACGCUCAAGACCUAUGGACAAGGAUUCCUCAAACGUGUUUUGCAGCCGCUCGUGGAUAAAAUGAUGGAGACACCGGACAUGUCCUAUGAAAUCAACCCAGCCAUGGUUGACAAGGCAGACAAUCUGGGCGUGAACCGGAGCAACCUGAAACGUUUGACGGAGAGUUUCUUCAACAACAUCAUGGACUCCAUCAACCGCGUGCCGCUCGCUGUUCAGGUCCUCUGCCAUGGCGUUGCUCGCGCCACCACCAAGAAGUUCCCUGAGGUGAAGUGCACCGCCGUUGGCAGCUGCUUCUUCCUUCGUUUCGUCAUGCCGGCCAUUGUGUCGCCGCGCGCGCACAACAUCGUGGACGGCCCGCUCCCACCACGCGUACAACGCGGCCUUGUGCUCGUCUCGAAGGUUCUUCAAUCCGUUGCGAAUUCCACGCGGUUCUCCGGCUUCAAGGAGGAAUACAUGGAGUGCAUGAACGCAUUCGUGAACCUUGCAUCAACCCGCGGCAUUGAAUUCCUCAACAAGGUGU